AUGGCCAGGACCCGCAAGGGGACAUUGAACGCUGACAUCUCGGUUGUUGCUUGCCAGUUGAUGGUGGUCAUGGCGACAGCGCGUGCGGUGGGUCGUCGCCGACGAUCCCCGGCGCGUCGCCGCGUCCCGUCUCCGUCCCGCGGCCACCGCGAGCCGGUUCCCACCUCGCCGCGCCGGGCAGACCUCGACGUGAAGCGGCAGCCUCGGGGAGGGGGGUGGGGGGAGACUGCCCCACCUCCCCAACUACACUGUAGGCAUCACAACAACACUCACUCACCCACUCACCACACUGCAGGUGACAACAACACUCACCCACUCACCACACUGCAGGUGACAACAACACUCACCCACUCACCACACUGCAGGUCACAACAACACUCACCCACUCACCACACUGCAGGUCACAACAACACUCACCCACUCACCACACUGCAUGCUUCACAACAACACUCACCCACUCACCACACUGCAGGCAUCACAACAACACUCCCACCCACUCACCACACUGCAGGUCACAACAACACUCACCCACUCACCACACUGCAGGCAUCACAACAACACCCACUCACCACUUUACAGGCAUCACAACAACACCCACUCACCACACUGCAGGUCACAACAACACACCCACUCACCACACUGCAGGCAUCACAACAACACACCCACCCACUCACCAAACUGCAGGUCACAACAACACACUCACCCACUCACCACACUGCAGGUCACAACAACACUCACCCACUCACCACACUGCAGGCAUCACAACAACACCCACUCACCACUCUACAGGCAUCACAACAACACCCACUCACCACACUGCAGGUCACAACAACACACCCACUCACCACACUGCAGGCAUCACAACAACACACCCACCCACUCACCAAACUGCAGGCAUCACAACAACACUCACCCACUCACCACACUGCAGGUCACAACACACUCACCCACUCACCAUACUGUAGGCAUCACUAUAAUACACUCACCACACUGGAGGCAUCACAACAACACACACACCACCACAAUGCAGGUAUCACAACAACAACAACAACACACCCACCCACCACCACACUGCAUGCAUCACAACAACUGUUUCUCUUCUUUGCUCCACUUUGGAAUUCCCUCCCGUCGUUGUUUUUUUCCAAGCUCUCAUAACAGCCUCGCUGAAUUCAAGACACGUGUUCCACUCGCUGAUCUAUUACAACUUUGACGGUGCUGUUUGUUACUGCCCACUUUACGUUAUGGACCAUUGGGCCCUGUCCUCAUCAACUCUGUUUCAAAGUACACAGAGAUCAGCGUGCAUCUGUAUGCUGCGUACAUGGCACAUCACAUGUGAUCCGGCUUAGGCUGAUUGGUAUUCGUCUUUGCUGUGGGGAUUAAUUGGAGCCUCCGUAUUGCGUUGUGCAGGGUUUAAUGGGUUGUUUACAAUGUGUGGAGGCUUCUCCCUGCGCCCCCAACACGCCUCCAUGCUGCUUGGGAAUCUGCAUAAAGCCAUCUAUCAAUUAACCCAUCCGUCCAUAAAUCCAUACAUAAACCCAUCCAUUAGAAACCGAUCUGUCCAUAACCCAUACUUCCAUAAACCCAUCUGCCUAUGAAAUCAUCCGUCUAUGAACCUGUACGCCAAUGAACCUCUCCGUGCUUUUUCUAAACAUUGCGUUUGUGAGCAGUGCAUUUGUGAGUAGUGCGGUGUGUUUGUGAGCUGUGCGUUGGUUAGCGGUGCGUUUGUGUGCGGUGCGUUGGUGAGUGGUGCGCUUGUGAGCGGUGCGUUUGUGAGCGUUGCGUUUGUGAGCGUUGCGUUUGUGAGCGUUGCGUUUGUGAGCGUUGCGUUUGUGAACGGUGCGUUGCGUUUGUGAGCGUUGCGUUUGUGAGCGUUGCGUUUGUGAGCGGUGCGUUUGUGAGCGGUGCGUUUGUGAGCAUUGCGUUUGUGAGCGUUGCAUUUGUGAGCGUUGCGUUUGUGAGCGUUGCUUUUGUGAACGGUGCGUUUGUGAGCGGUGCGUUUGUGAGCGUUGCGUUUGUGUGCAUUGUGUUUGUGAGCAAUGUGUUUGUUAGCGGUGCGUUUGUGUGCAUUGUGUUUGUGAGCAAUGUGUUGGUGAGCGGUAUGUUUGUGAGCAUACAAACAUACCGCAGAUGCAGGAGGAGAAUGAGGGACGAUGUCGCUCUGAUUGACGACCACAAAGCAGCGCUCCUAUCGAGUGAAAUGCAUUUCAGUGAAAGCUCACCCCCCAUUGGUUUCUAAAUCAUGUGAUCGAUGGCAAUUAAAGUGGCGCUUUCCAGUUUCAGUGACAGCUCAGUCUGUUUCUAGAGAGUCGUUUUGUCACCGGCGAGGAAGCCAGCAUUUUGUCAAAGGGAUGUUUCUGCCUGAGGUUGUCGCGUCUCACCGCGACGUCCGUCUCUACGGAGAGCGACCGGGGCAGACGCGCUGCCAUUUAUGUUUGCGGUAUUUCGAGUUUUCGUCGGAUUACGGACAGAUCCGAGUUGUCCGUCGGUCAAUCGGCGCUCUCGUCUAUGAACUACCAUCGCAGUCGUGUCAGCCGUGGUCAAUCAACUAAAGGUGGUUUGGGGGGGCGGGGGGGGGCCGCCCACCGUGGCCCCCCCCCUCCCCCGCGCGCGGCCACCAAUCGGAGCGCAGCCACAGCGGCGCAGCGGCGCCACUCGAGCCGCUCACUGCCUCCUUAGGAGACUAGGCGAUCGCUAAUCAGCUCCUGAUCUCCGCACGCGCGCUCGUGAGCCCGCCCCUGCCCGCCGGCAGGCCCGCCGGGCUGCUUGUCUGGUGCCCACCGGGCUGCUUGUCUGGUGCCCACCGGGCUGCUUGACUGGUGCCCACCGGGCUGCUUGUCUGGUGCCCACCGGGCUGCUUGACUGGUGCCCGCCGGGCUGCUUGACUGGUGCCCACCGGGCUGCUUGACUGGUGGCCACCGGGCUGCUU